AUGAGCGAUGACGAGGCUGUCAAGACGUCUCGGGGUAGGAACGUGAAAGCUAUCCGCGAUGAGCUCGAGAAAAGAAGCAGAGAGAGCGGAGGAAACCUUCCCAGUCCCCUCUGGCCGUACUCAUCAAACUCGGGCUCGUUCAUACGGAGAAGUAUAUCAGAACAAGAAGAGAAAUCAAAGGGAGGGGAUGAGCACUCAGAGCCAUCUCAAAGAAACCUCUUCCACAAGGAUGCAGAUGACCUACAGCAACCUUCCCUCGAAGCUCCGCACGUGGACAACUCUGAGGACAAAAAUUACAUGGAGCUGGAGCAACGAAAUGAGCAAUUAAGUACAGAAAGACGAGAGCUUCAGGGCAGAUUGACUCAAGCUCAAGUUGACAUGGACAAGCUGAAAAAUCAACAGGCCGUGAACGAUCACAAUUCAAAUACCGGAGGCAACAAUUCUUCUUUGAUUCAGGAGCUAGAAAGAAAAGACAAGGAGAUUUCGGACUUGAAAGAGAUGGUGAGACAGAUGUUGAAUGAGAGGAAGAAGGAAAGAGAAAACAAUCAAAACAAGCACGAUCAAGGUCGAGAUAGUAGUCAGAGCAAUCAUACCGUCCAUCAACUAGAAUCAGACAAAAAAGACAAGCAACAGCUGUUGAAACAACUCCAAGAAGCGCAAGAGGAGCUUGCGAUGCUCAAGAGCCAGGCUCCAAAUCAAGUUUCACCGCCCAAGCAAAGUGCAAUGGACUUCAGCUCAAAAUCGUACAAGGCGGCAUCAGGUCACUUUGUGAAAGAGAUCCAUCGGUUGGAAGGCCUUCUACAUCAACAGAGCAAGACCAUCGUCGAGCUGAGCGGGAGAGGAAGGGACCGCAGCAUGCUCGAUAUCCUGAGCAAGAAGAUCAUGCAGCUCGAGCCCUCCGCUGCUGCCGUCAAGGACCUCCAGACCUUCUUGCUGACCCUUCAAGACCCUCCACCAUCGCCUCCCUCGGCAACGACAAACGGCUUCCCCAGCAACAGACCAGCAAACCAGGAGGUCGCCAGCCCAGCAAGUUCUCGUCCCUACAGCGAGCACGUGACGUACCGCAGCUUCACCGAGGGGCUUGACAGACCCUACCGCAUCACCUCCAGCUUCUCUCCCAGCUCUCGCCCCUCCCCUCUUCCCCCAUCAACCACAAGGAGCCACAGCGAAGUCUACAGGGUGAUGGAUUAUGGGAGAACAGCUACGGAGAGUUCACAGCGGAUGGACGUGAAAGCGAGAGAAGCGUUUGAGCCUGGCAAACAAGCGCGUGCCGUACACUUUGAUGAAGAGGUGUACUUGCUAAGCGUGUGA